AUGAAGUUUAGUAUCAUGCUCAACCUUCUAUCAAGUCUCUGCGAAAAAACCGUUGGCCGCGUCCUCCCCAUCAACGUGAACCGUUUGCCUAUUUUUGGUGGACGAGCAGUGAUAGGUGACCGAGAGGACGUCGUCUCAUGCCCCACAAACCCCCCUCCAUCAACGACUGAACGAACCGUCUUCAGCACAGAGGGGUGUGUUGUCUAUGGUUACCCCUCCACUGGCGGGGUUCUCAGGAAAGACGCCGACCUUGUCGACAUGCUUUUCCUGUCGCUCCCGCGCCCUCAUGUAUCGCAGCGCUCACCCAGUGCCGAUGAGGAAGACAGGUUUUGUAAUCUCCUGCGACGGACUGGUGCAGGGUGGUGGCCAAGUAGGGAGGAUUGGGUUGAGGUGCAGAUUGGCAUGAGGGAGGCCACAGAGGAAGAAGAAAAGGUGGUAGUGUUUGGUUGGCCGGCGGAUGGAGUGGGUGUAUGGGUUUUGAGAUUUGCGAGUGCUGAACAACUGCCACGCGAUUUUGGGAGGAUGCGUUUGGCAAUCAAUAUGGAGGAGAAGAUACAGCGGAUGAGAGAGUACGGUGCUGUGUUUAUUGAAGAUGUCACGCAGGUAGAGGAACUUCAGGGUACAUUGUAA